AUGGCACAAGUGGAAGAGUCUCAAACUGAAGGGGAGGGCAGCCCCCAGAUGAUAUCCCUGAGAUCAGACAUAUCAGGGAACCAUGUGGAUGAGGGAGAAACAGGACCAUCUCUAAGGAGGAAGAGGAGGAAGAAGAAAGACCCCCGUCCAGAGUCCAUCAUAGUCUAUCGGUCUGACAUGGAAAGGAUGCCCAGUGAGGAGCAAAAUGGAGAGGAAGGAGCAGAGAGGAGCAUAGAGGAGGGAGCGAAGUUCCUGUGCACACCUACAGGAGAAGGAGGAGGCUGGAACCUUCCUCCAGACAGCCGUUAUGUGACACUGACAGGAACCAUCACCAGAGGUAAGAAGAAGGGUCAGGUGGUGGACAUCCACGUCACUCUGACAGAGAAGGAGCUCAGGGACCUGGCCAAGUCAAAGGAGCGUCUGGAUGCAGAGUGUGAGGCCGGUGAAGGUUCCAAACGCAGCUGCAGCUUAGGGGUGGGUGAGGGACCCCAUGUUGUCCUCUGGAGCAUCUCCUGUGUCCCUGUGGUUUUCCUCCUGUCCUUCAUCACCUCCUUCUACUACGGCACUCUCACCUGGUAUAACGUUUUCCUGGUGUACAACGAAGAACGGACGUUCUGGCACAAGAUUACAAUAUGCCCCUUCCUCAUCAUCUUCUACCCGAUGCUCAUCAUGCCAAUGGCGUUGUCUCUGGCCCUGUACUCAGCCGUGGUGCAGGUCUCCUGGGCCUUCAGUGAGUGGUGGCAGGCGGUGCGAGAUCUGGAGAAGGGCUUUUGUGGCUGGGCCUGUGGGAAGCUGGGACUGGAGGACUGUUCCCCGUACAGCAUAGUAGAGCUGCUUGACUCUGACACUGUUUCGGGCACUCUGCAAAGCAAAGCCCCCAGUGAACUUGCCCAGACGUCGUCAGUGUAAAACCAAGUGUGGAGGGUCCAGAAAAGGCUGAGGUCAGAGUGUAAAAGUAUGAAGAUCUCAUUGAGGCUCAGCACGAGUUGGAGCCUGCUUCACUAUACUAUACUCUAAACGACAAUUAUUUAACACUGCCUGAACUGUCCCGAUGUUCUCAACUAUUUCUAGUACUGUACUGUAAAGCAUUACCUUAUUCUAUAUUAGUAAUGCCAUUGGAGUGGAUACACUGGGUAUUUUUUUACUUUUAGGUUACACUUUCCCUCAGGUCGAUAAAAGGCCGUCAUCCAUUAGUGAACAGUGGUACCACCUAAAGAUCUUUUGAUACAUACAGCCCUCAGUGCCUCCUAACUUCAGUAUGUUAAGGUGCCCGCUCCAGUACACACACACGAGAGGCCGUGAACUUAAAACCAAGAUUCACUUCAUCUGUAAAUACCUGUAUAUUAAUGUUAUUGAUCACUGUGCUGUGCACUAUCAUCAGACAUGUUUUCAAAGGCAACACAGUUGUGUAUGUGAAAUCAUCAUUCAACUACACAUGUAAUGAAAGAUUUAGGGUGAGGCUGGAUUAUGUACAGGGUCCUAGAUGCACAUGUUUUUAUUAUACAAGUAUAGAUUUGAUUAUUUGGAAGUUUCAUUACAAUAUGCGCCAGUAAGCACAACAUCAGUUAAAGGACCAAGCACCUUAACUCUCAAAGACCUAAACAGUCAAUUGAUUUAAAAUGUUUAAUAACUUUUGAACCACUAAUCCUAUCAAUACAAUUACACAAUUCAUUUAAAAUGCAGUCUGUCAGCUUUUUAGCAGCAUCAGAUGUGUUUUAUUUAGAUGUUCAGAGGCUCUGCAGUAAACAUGGAAACACCCUAUUCUUCCGCAACAUCGAUUCAUCAGUAAAACCA